GGUCGCGCUGCGCUUUGCGCUGCUCCGGAGAGGUUUGGUGCUGGGAGCGGGGAUUUAGGCCUGCGGUUUGGACCUCGGAGCGGGAACGUCCACCGUUCCGGGGCCGCAUCCCCACCCUUUUCCCGCCCCAGGUCGGCUCGGUUUCAGGCCGGGCUGCAGGCACCAUGGCUUCCCGCGGGAGGAAGCGAAAGGCCGAGGCGGCAGUGGUCGCGGUAGCUGAGAAACAGGAGAAGUUGGCUGGCGGCCAGAAGGAAGUGGCGGAGGCAACCGUCGUUAUCGAGCAUUGCACGAGUUGACGCGUGUACGGGCGCAACGCCGCGGCCCUGAGCCAGGCGCUGCGUCUCGAGGCCCCGGAGCUUCCAGUGAAAGUGAACACUGCCAAGCCCCGGAGGGGCAGCUUCGAGGUGACGCUGCUGCGCCCAGACGGCAGCAGUACGGAGCUCUGGACUGGAAUUAAGAAGGGGCCUCCACGGAAACUGAAGUUCCCUGAGCCGCAAGAGGUAGUGGAGAAGCUGAAGAAGUACCUUCCGUAGAGCGAUUUGGGCAUAAGUCCUCAUGCUGAGCCUUCUGUUUCUGGUGAUGUUGGAGCAUUUAUGAUGGGACAUGGCCAAACCUCAGUCAUGUGCCUGAAGCUAUGGUUUCUUCCCCUCCAGAAAUGAUGGUUCAGGUGUGAGGCAACCUUCUAGUAAGGCACUGAAAAGUUCUUGGAUUUGGUUUGUUUAAUAAAAGUUGAAAUAAAGUACUUGAGUAAUAAA